CAUUUGUACGCCAAAAUGAAUAUGGCGCUGCGGCUAUCUCGUAUGGUUUUGCAGUCAGUUGAUUCCUCGCUUAAGUCUAGUAUGGUGAUCUGCCAUGGUUUAUUGGGUUCCAAGAAUAAUUGGAAGAGUAUUUCCAAUGCGUUAGCCCAGAAAAACUGUGGAACUAUUGUGGCCGUUGAUUUACGUAAUCACGGAAAUAGCCCACAUUCCGAUGAUAUGAACUAUUUUAAUAUGGCGGAAGAUAUACACAUGGUUGUAGAUGACCUCAGCCUGCGGAGCGUAUGCUUGGUUGGCCAUAGUAUGGGCGGCAAAGCGGUUAUGUGCGCAGCUCUAAUGAAAAAAGGUAUGAUAAGUUGGUUGUAUUUGACAUAUCCACGACACCAAAACCUACUAUACAAUCUCUUACACCUAUAAUAGAUCUAAUGUCUUCCGUGGAUUUGAAAGCUUUGGGACACAAAAAUAAUGGGAAUAUAGGAAUGGUCCGAAAUUCAUUAAUGAAAGAAUGGGAUAAAACAGUCCCGGUAAGUAAAAAAACUCUUCCAUUCAAUAAUUUUUAAAGCUAAGUUGGUUUGCCUAUGAUUCGCCAGCACAUGUUCAAAAUUGAGUGAUAACCGCUUGUUGAGUUUCUGAAAAAUAAACUUGGUUAAAGAAAGUCCUAAUAUUUUACGUUUAGAAACAUGGUUGAACAGUAACUGAAUAUUUAUUCGGUUGCGUAUAUUUUUUAUUGGAUAUAUUACGGUUAAGAGUAGUACUAUAGUUAUAAAUUAAUGAAUUUUGACCUCAGAACAAUACUGAAUUUCAAAUACUUGCAUGGUGCGGUACCAAUCCAUGAUAUUUCAUUCGGAUUAUUAUUUAACAGUAAGACGUCUCAUUUUAUCGCACUUUUAGCAAUCUCAAUAGGAAGAAUUAUUAAAUUGUAAGAUGUUAAUUAUAUGCUUUUGUUCUUUUCGUUUACCCUUUUUAGAUGUAACAAUCUUGUUUGAUUUUCCAAAGAGAUUUAAGGCUAGAUAGAUUUUUGCACUGAAUGAAUGUACUGAAUUGGAAUCGAUAUAAAGAUUUGAGUGUGUUGAUUUUAGGUAGAUGGUUGAAUUUAGAGCUCUACUUAGAUAUCUUUUAACCAAACAAUUUAAAAAUUAUAGCCCACCGUGUUUAUUUUCACUAUUACUAUUAUUCAAUAUUACACUUUUGGUACAAUAUAAUAUUCUCAGCACUAGGUAUUUCAGCAAGUUUCUUUCACAAAAAGAAAAAAACGAGAGAAACUGGUGACUGCAUACAUAUAUACAUAAGUAAAUAAACCACCUGGAAUCAAGCGAAAUGAUUUUUAAAGAAGAUUGAAUCUGUACAACAUUUUAAUUAGAAAAAUGUUUAAGAAUACAAGUUAUUGACUAGGUAAACUCUAACAACUUGUUCGUCACAUAGUAUAUUUGCUAGAUGAGGCAUUGUAGGACUUUCAUACCUUUGCUUGGGUUCAUGGAUUCUAAUGUAUUGACAUGUAUUGAUAUACAAGGAGAAAGAUAUGAACGAAGUGGAUGGUUAGUAUUUAAGAAGAUAAUGCCUGCCAGGAGUUUGCAGGAUUUUGGAUGUGUGUCAACAUCCAUAUCACUAAUGACCUCCAAAGAUUCACCACAUACCGUGCUAACUGCCUUCAAAACUUCAAGUGUUUUGGACGACGUAUUAAAGUUAUACAGUUGAUAAAGUCGUUUGAAAACUUAAAACAUGUAUUAGGUUGACAACUGUUAACGUUUACAAAUGUAACUACACUGCCGUGACACCUAGUCUUACUGUUUGAACGAUCCUGAUGAUAGAUAUUAAUAUAUUGUUGUGAUACUAAGCUAUCUUCUUGUAGAUCGUUUAACAAAGAUCCUUGAAUUCCGAUCACACUAUGAUUACGAUACAUGUUUUGAUGUUUCCAGUCACUUAGCUCGUCCCAAAAUUUAGAACUUUGUGAAAUCCCAAACCUUCUUUUUGAAAGUGCUGACGUUUUGUGUUAUCCGUUCACAAGCACCUUCAACAGAUCCUUCUCAACUGAUUCAUACCGAGAAUGUGAGGAAAGAUAAAUAUAAUCUCAAUACCUAGGAAAGUAUCUGGCGAUAAAAAUGUUAAAUUUAAACCCAUAGCGAUAACUUCACCUUUUCUCAAAACAAUAAAAAAUUUACUGCUACUACCACUUCAACCUGCACUAAAAGAGAACAGUGAUCUGUACCAGUUCGCUUCCAACUGCAAAGGAACCACCUUAAAUGCUGCUAUUGUUCUGCAUCAUAGUAUAGUGUUCAGCUUGGUAAAGGGUAAGAAGUAUGUUCUGUGCGCUUUUCUGGAUUACACUUCUGCCUUUGACUUUAUUCCAAGACAACUUCUACUGAACAAGUUAAUCAGCGUCAACGAUGACUAUUGGAUAACCGACUGGCUAUGUUCCUACCUCUUUGGAAGAUGAUAGUACACUAUGUUUGGAGAAAAGUGUUCGAUGUCCUUACUGUCUCAUUAAGGUGUGCCACAAGGAGCUGUCCUCCCCUCCUCUUCUUUUCCCACUUUUUCUGCAUAAUCUACCAUUUUCCACAGAAAACACUUUUGUUAAGUAUGUGGACUAUCUCACUGUAUGUAUGCCGAUUUCUACCUCUUCACAUCCCCUUGAAAUGAAUGAGUCCUUGUUUCGUAUUGAAUGGUGGUCUGUUGUUAUUGGUCUCACACUUAACCCGUCUAAAUGUCAAACUGUUAACCUUAGCCUGAGACAUGAACAGCACCUAAACACCCUGUUGGAAUCUUAGUGUCCAAAGUGUAAUUUAUGGUUUCGAAUUGAUAUGUUAUUAUCUGACAUAUUAUUCGAAUGACAGCUUACAUUUUGAGGUAGAACAAUCUACACGGCUGAAAUGGACUUUGCUCACGACUUUCGCAGUGUCUCGUGAGUUCAGUCAAUCAUCACAUGACUUUUCCAGUUGAAUGGCAGCCAACGUCUUACCUGGCUAUGUUAACUAUUAGAUUGCGACUGAUUUGAUUCGGUAAAUUUAUGUAGGAGUAAAAAUGUAUCGAUCUGCUAAUUGUAAGAGUUUGGUGCAUAAGAAAUUAUGGUUAGUAUCCAGAUGACGUCUAAAAGAAACACAAGGUUUGUAUUCAUCAGGACAAUUGAUUUUUGAUUGGAAUAUGACCUACUUGAGUCCAUUUUGAGUUGCAAAGAGAAGACUGUAUGUAUUACAUCAGCAACAUCUCUAUCGUAGGUUGGAACUGGAAAUAACUAGACUAAUCUGUUCGGAACUCUAAAACACGAUUUACGUCAUUUGAAAUGCAACCAACAAGCCAUCGUUAGCCAUAAACAUGAAGUUCCUUUGUGCCUACACAUCCAAACGGCACAUAUAAGUCCAUAAUUUCCGUCAUAAUAUUUGAUAAAUGGGUAUGGGAAACUUGAUUUAACUACGGGGAUAACAGAAUUCAUCGUUUGUUAACUCGGUUUCUUACUGUGAUUGAACUCUCUCAUCUGUCGGCUAAAUUGUGUUGACGGAAGUUCAUUCGUUUAGUAUUGCCUCAACUUGUGGCGGAAGAUAUUGAUGUAUUUAUUUAUUUAUAUGAACACAUAAAUAUUGGUACAAAGGUGCACCAAAUACAUACGCGCCACACAAGUCCCUUGAUUUAUAUAUGGGUUGUGAUACUGCCCGGGUGCCCAGACCGAAGCAGAUGGUUUUCUUAGAGAGCCACAUCCGGAGACUUUGACCUAAAGGUCUAAUCCACAAAGCAGUGGAGCAACGUCAGGAAAUGCAGUCCCAUGGUAGCCGGUGGCCAACCAUUGGUUCAUACGCCAUUUGUUCCCUCAGAUUCCUGGAGCCCAUGUGCACCAUUAGUUUGGAGUAAAUGUUUCCCAACUCCUCUAGGUGGAUCCUCCGUGUUCACGAAGCCGGUUAAAGCACUGGAAAUUCGCUUUUCGUCCUCUGAAUUACGUAAACAACACCCUCGCCACGAGAAGGCAGUGAGUAGGACUUCCUUGGCAGUGGUUGUUUGUGCGUGGCCACGUGAGAGCAUUUCAAGAGGGAGAGCAGAUUCUUCCCACCCUCGGCCUAUUCAUAUUAGCUCUUGUGUAUUGUUAUGAACUUUAAGAUACUUAACGUUUCCUAUUUAUAAACCAUCUAGUAGUAACUAACAUCAUAUUAGUUAAUCUUUAUUAUCAACUGUAUUCUGUUUAUCAUGUUUAUACGACCUGGUCAAGUGUAGGUCACUCAAUAUCUCAGUGUAUCACAUUUGAUAUUUAAUGUGUAUGUAGUCAAGAGGAAAUUGUAAACUACUUUUGUGUUUGUUGGUACUCAGUAUUACACGUAAGAUCGAGGUCUAGAGUUGUCCAUAAACCAACUCAAUCUACAUCACAAAUUCAUUUUGUUUUGACUCCCUUAUUUUAUGUCUUUUUAAGUAGCACCUGUCUGUCUCUUGUAUAUUAAUAUUCAGAAAUUUCUUUCUUGAUAAAAAGCAGUUUUCUAAUUGAAUGUCAUAAUUUAAGAUAAAUCAUUAAAUUUUUGAGUUUUAUUUUGAGUAGAAUCCUACAAUGCGCGCGUUUCUUCUAACAAAUCUUGGAGAAAAAGAUGGAGAGAUAUUUUGGAAGGUGAACCUUAAGGCAAUUAAAAGCUGUUGGAAUCAGAUAACAGACUUUCCUGCAGAAUUGAGUGGUCGUGUUUUCAAUCAACCUGUGAUGUUUGUUGCAGCAAGCGAUGGAAAGUAUUUAGGGUAAGUCUUCUUAACUUGUAAGUGCAUAAUUUAGAAUUCCUAAAAUAUAACUUCCCGUGAAGACUUGCUAAAAUUGUCAUGAAUAUUUGUUUACGAAUAAUUGAUUUUUCGACUGAUAACGCAUCCUUGUGUUAAAGUGGAAAUCAAUGGUUUAAUAUUAAAUAAAAAUAUUCUUUUUGACAAAAUUAUAUUUUGAAGUGAUACGUUAUAUCGGUUAAUGGUAUGAAGAAAAUUUAAAAACAACACGUGUUUAUAUAAUCUUUAGUUCAAAUAACUCAUUUACCAGGUGCCUGGGUAUUAGUUAUAAUCCAAGUGGUCGUUCCAAUAAUACUAUCCAGUUACUCAUACCAAAGUAGGCGGAGUGGGGUCUCAAACCUGCGACCGAAAGUCGCAUGUCUUAACCACUAAGCCACCGCUUCAACAUAUUCGUACAGUUAACGCUGUGCUAUAUUAUAUCCUUGUUUGAGACCAUGAUCCUUUCCCGAAAUUCUGGUGAAAAGUUGUAACUAGUAGAGUUUAACCAUACUGUGUAUGGUAUCAGAUGUUCAUCAGACUAUAUCUUAAAUUGACUGAAGUUUGAAAUGUAUAUUAUUAGAUCCUAAUUCAGUGUUUCAAAGGUUAAGUGUUCGUUGCCAUAUUUAAAAGUCUUCAAUUUGACCUCAUAUGAAUUCUGGGGGGGGGCUUAUUGUGUAGGAGCUCAAAAACAAAAAGGAAGAGCUGUCCUGUGUUUUUUGAUUUUCAAUUGUUCUCUAGCUAAUGUCGAUCAAUGAUCAGGAAAUAUUUUCAACUUGGACUAGUCUCCACAAAAUAUGCAACUACUUCAUUUUAAUUUUGUCAUGUUUUUUAAUCAGUAUGUUCAAUAAAUGAGUGUGAAUAGCAAGUAUAUUACUAAAGUCCACUAAAAGGUAUGCACAUGAUUUUAAUUUUACUACAUUGAAACUAAAUUUGCUGAACAAAAUUUCUUCGUUCAACUGACUUUAUUUUUUGAACUGAAUUAAGUAUCAUCACAAAUUCACGUUUUCGUGUCCCAUGAAAUGUAAUCAAUAUUGUUGAUGUUUCAUUAAAGUGUUCUUUUUAUAUCAUUGUUCUUUAUAAUGUUCAGACGAUCAGAUUUACCAUCUGUACGCAAAUAUUUCCCUCAAGCAAAAAUUGUUCAGAUUGCUAACACCGGUCAUUGGGUUCACUUUGACGCUCCAAAUACAGUGACCAAUUUGAUUACAUCUUUCGUGUUAGAUAAAUCAUUUGAUCCUACCUCAUUUGCAGAUGUUAAAGAGAUUAAAUAACAACAAAAAUGGUAUACUGUCAGUAUGUAGUCGAUAAGAGAAGGAAGACAAACUUAUUUCUAUAGUUUUUGUCUUUUCGUUAAUUCUUCGAUUAUUGUGUAUUGAACUUGUCAUAAAGGGGUUUGGUGUUAUUCAUUUAUGGCAUUAAAGUUGGCUACAGAUCUGAAUAAUGUGACUGGCAUUUGAUAAUGAAUAGACUAAUUAGUAGACUGUUUCAAAGUUGUUUCUGGGUUGUAAGGUGAUGACGAGGAUUUGCAUCUAAGGUUUACAGAAAAUGUGUAGCGUUCACUUCGUCCUACUCGUGAUUUAGUGAAUUUUCGGUCAUAUUUAGUCCCAGAAUCUAAUAUAAGAGAAAACAGAUUUCCGAAUCUGUCAGAGGUAAAACGAAAAAUUUAGCUUUAAAUCCACAACCGCAAAUAAUAAUAAUAAGUGUUGUCAUCUGGGUAAAAGAUUCUUCACCAAGGUUAUGCUUGCUGAGACAUUUAAACCUGCAAAAUCAUAUGGAAGCAGACUUCAUCGAGUGUAUAACUUGACUGUUCUUCUUAGAAGAAACAAUCGAGAGUUUUAUAAUUCUACCUGACGACCGAUGUUCACUAUAUAAAUCCAAAUAAACGAUUCUCUCCAAUUUCACCCAAAACUAAACAGUCCAGAAUUGAAAUCCUAAGCGAAAUUAUUUGACCAGAAAAAGGUUAAACUAUCACGCGAUGGGUCAGAGAUGAUCCUUAUAGCUAAAUCAUAAAGAAAGAGAAACGGGACGCUAGUGUAUUAAGCCAACAUCAAAACCAUGUCUUAGGGAUAAUUCGAUGAAUUUUUUAUAUCUACCAAUAGUUUGGCUUUCGUUAAAACGUUGAGGCCUCAAAAUGUCUGGUAAAUAAAACUAUUUUAUAUGUAUAAUUUAGUGAAUAGAAAAAGCAGUUACCCACCUCAAAUUUCAAUUUGCGUUCUAGACCGUUAUUGUCCUCUUUUAGUUUCCAUUUAUUUAACUGUUUGGAAGUAGAGUUGCUUAAACUUUAGACCUUAUCGACUGCGUUUUAACUUAUUGGAGGAUCAAUAUUUAAGUUUAUUGUCUGAUUCUGUGGAUGCAGUGUACUAUGCACCUAUUCAGCACAGUGAUUUUGUAUCGUAGAAUGAAGGAAACGCUUUCCGACUAGCCAGUGUAAAACUUUGUGGUCAUUGUUAUCCUGAAAAUCUUAUAUUUGUUAAGACUGCAGAAUGUUAAGCUGUUUUAAAUAUAUGAUAAUUUAUAAAAUUAUCAUUGUCAAUGCAAACUUUCAGAUUAGAAGAACUUGUACAUCUUAGGAAAUAUUCUCAUUGAGUUAAAGAAUGAAGAUAGACUUGUAUUUAUACAUCCUUACUUACUUACUUACGCCUGUCACUCCCAAUGGAGCAUAGGCCGCCGACCAGCAUUCUCCAACCCACUCUGUCCUGGGCCUUCUUUUCUAGUUCCAUCCAAUUCUUGUUCAUUUCUCUCAUGUCUAUUUCCAUUUCCCAGCGUAAUGUGUUCUUUGGUCUUCCUCUUCUUCUUUGGCCUUGAGGAUUCCAUGUGAGGGCUUGUCUUGUGACGCAGUUGGGUGCUUUCCGCAAUAUGUGUCCUAUCCACUUCCAGCGCUUCUUCCUGAUUUCUUCCUCCGCUGGGAUCUGGUUUGUUCUUUCCCACAAUACGUUGUUGCUAAUAGUGUCCGGCCAAUGGAUCUGAAGUAUUUUGCGUAGAC